GUGCGAGCUGGGAUGCCCGUGCCUGUCGAUGCACAGGCGGAAUGGUCCACGCCGGCGCCGGCGCCACGUCCCGAGCCCCGCUGUGCUCUGCGGGCUGCUCCUGCUCGAGCCCAGCCUGCCCAGGACAGCUGCGCUGGAGUCGUUUGCAUUGGUGCCGCUGGAAGAAGGGCGAAAGGGCGCGGCGAUGCGUGGCAAAAGAACCCUGAGGCGAGCGGUGAGGCUCGCGUUGGUGGCAGGGGCGGCAUGGUACCAUGGCAGACGCUACACCCGUGCCACAGCCGCGCGGCUGGUACCCAUCGAGAAGCUGAGCACUAUAGCCCAGCUGCCUCCGCCACCAGCUGAAGUAAGAGAGCGUACGGGUGCAUUGACACCAACCCGUUUUAAGACCAGGACUAUGAAGAUAUGGAGUUUCAGCGCGGAAUCUUUACGACGAGUGGGACAAUUAGAUGAGCUCCUGGAACUUGCCAGGGCCGAAAACGUUUCGAUCUUCGCUAUGCACGGUCCCCAGAUGGACCUAGGCAUGACAUGGAAGGCCGGGCAGUAUAAGGUGCAUUCGCUGGCACGCUCUGGCAAUGGUCAACGCGACGGGUGCCUCAUUGUCAUCAACAUGCGGCGCUUCAAAUCCGACGAUGUUCGCUGCCAGCACGCAUGGAUGCCAGGUCGACUGCACGGCAUCAGACUCCGCAGCAUGCACAGUGCCCGACACGAGAGAGACAGUUACUUCGUGAACGGAUACGCUCCUGCCAACGACCCAGGGGCCGCGGGCCGCUGGAUACGAGGGUCCCUGCUGGCAUACGACCACGACCGCGACAGGAAGGACGGCACCGCUGGAGGUGCAGCAGGCAGGGGUGAUGACAGGAUUCGCCCCUACGACAUGCGCGACGUGAAGCAGGGCAUUGUGGACUUGCCGAACACGAAGGGCGGCCCGACCUUGCCGUGGCGCGGCUACAGGGCCAUCAGAUUGAUCGGCCAUGUGAUCAAGGCCUUCGCCAGGGUCACCACGCUGGGCGCGUUGAGGGAUAUUGCGCGUGGAGUUUCUCUGGCGCAGUUUAGUGCCGUGCUGGGCCGGGGUGCACGCGAUGCGGUCGUGGCGGCGUCUGAGCGCCUCAGGAACAGUGGCGGACGGGAGGAGGACGCCUGCGAGUAUGUGGACAUGGCCCGCCUGGAUUUCCUAGAUGACCUGCUUGCGUUUGCGAAAAUUGACGAGUUUGACGACGCCUCCAAUUUUUUGGAAGUCGUCAGCGGCGAGAUCGAACGCGGCGGCGUGCAAGUGAAUGGGGGGGGCACCGAGCUUCUAUCGACGCCGUCGGGGGUGGGCAGCAAGAGGAGGGAGAAACGCGCCGGGGAGCGCGCGACAGGUGUCGUCACGCGGCGAGGCGAUGACUGCUUCCCCAUCAACCCUCAGCCGACGGUCAGGUACAUUGGCGCGCAGCUGGCUGCCACUGGCAGCGACCAGACUGGGGCGACUCACGGGAUCAAGGCAGCGCGCGCGGCCCAUGCUCGACUGCUGCGCUGUGCUUUCGAAGGAAGGUUCAGCCCCGCGCUGAAGAUCAGAUGGUGGAAAUCCCUGCUGCGCUCAGUCGGCCUAUGCUGCCUGGAGGUGACGGACGUAUCAAUGCGGGAACUGGCGCGACUCGAAGCAUGGGACGUUCGAAAAGUUCGAGGGCUACUCCACUCACCAGCUCACCUACUCAAGAAGACUAACCACGAAAUCAGGAUGACGGCCCGCGUUCCCACCGUGGAGAGCACGCUGCUGAGGGGGCGGCUCAAAUGGUGGCGUCAAGUGCUGUGGCCUGUCUCUCGUGAGUCCGCAGCGGAAUCGCACGACCCGACCCGCGCGGUGCGCGCCGCCAUCUUUGGCGGACUCUCUUCUGAGGAUGCGACGCCGAAGGGGCCGACGGGCGUGCUGGCCCGCCUGAAAGAGGACCUGCGACACCUUAAGCUGUCCUUCGAGGCCCGUGAGCAGCUCGAAGCACGACGGCAUCUUCUACUGCGUGGAGAUUUUCCUGAGCUGGCUGAGCCGUGGCUGAAGUGGCGGACCUUCGUAGAACCGCGGAGCUUCCGCCUCGUGAUCACUUUCGGCGCUUCUGCCUCUGCCGUGGAACCUCCUGCUGAUAUGUGGCUGGACUGGUGUGCGUGCAAAGAGCCGCAGCGGCUGGCCCAGAUGCUCAAGCCGAUGGGCAAGGUGCAGGCGGCGCGCAGCGGCCGCGAGGAGUUGUCGGCGGCCGUGGGCGACGCGGGCGAGGGCAAGACCAUGGGCAAGGCCGAGGGCGACGUAGCGCAUCCGCUCGGCAAGACGCGGACGCGGCCGACGCUGCAGCGCGAAGGCAAGGUGAGGGCAGGCCACCGCGACGACAACGACAACUACAUGAUGAUGGCCAUGCCGAUGAGCAAGGUGGAGUUGACGCUGCACCGAGCAUUCAAGCACUGCGAGGGCGAGGGCUGCAAGGCCAAGGAGAAGACCAUGGAGGAGGAUAUCGCCUACUCUGGCAACCCACUGGGAGCGCGCCCAGACGGUUUGGCGAAAACGGUGGCCAUCCGCAUCGCGGGGGCGGUUGGGGGCAAGAACGAGCAGGUGGCGGAGGCGACCGAGCAGGACCUGGGCCGAACGGAGGCCAAGGAAGCGUUGGACGUGCAGGCCAACGCGGGCAAGAAGGCACAGGACCAAACGGCCAAGUUCGUAGCCGCAUGGUGCUUCAGGGCGAAGAUGGGGCAGCCGAAGGGCGACGAGGGCGCGGGCGUGGACAGAGAAGGGGUCAAGGGGAUUCUCGCGCUUCGUCGCUACCCGCAGUGCAAGCUGGACGUGACGGUGUCCCGCGGGCUUUGCUCUCCGAUGGCGGUGCCAGCGAUCGAUGAAUCCUGGCGCCAAGACCCGAUACUGGUGGGUGACGCGGCGCCACCUGUCGGAGUGAAUCUCCAACGUCAUGUGCCACGGACAUUCGGCGUCAUCGUGCACGAGCCGAUGUACUCUCGCAAGGUUGGCAUCGUGAGGGCCCGCACACCACAUCCCGAGAACUCGAACGGCCUGCAGCGCGUGGGUGGGGCGUCCGCGGAGCCAAUCGCUUCGCGCCCUGUCGGCGCAGAGUUGGGCGGCCCGGAGUUCGUGGUGGGGUCGCCCGCGAAGCGGGUUGCUUCGCGCGGCCCUGACAGUGCUCCUGCAAGUGCAAGUUUGCUUGGGGCAGGCCUGGACGGGUCCGGGGCCUUGAGAGGUUCGAUCGGGGCAGCGGUGGUGGCUUUGCGCCGGAAGCUGAAAGGCAAGUCCUCGUCUCGGACUGUCUCUGAGAUCAAAGAGGUCGUCUUCCCGCCCAUCUUGCUCACCCUGCCUACCGCUUUCGAGGCAACCUGGGCGUGGAGACUGUUCGGACGGCCAUCCGAGAAGGGCGUGCUGAGGCUGAGCGGCUUCACGCGGAGGGAGCUGGCGCCCUGGUUGAGCCCGCUGAAGUACGAGGCUGGUGUGACUGGGGUGGUGCCGAGUUCCCAUUGGGUGAUCUAUUGGGUGCGCCUAUGGCUGGAGCAGCCGCUGGAGCACCUCGAGUGGGCGCUGAGCCUGGUAUGCAUCGGGGAGGUGGUGUUCGUUGACAAUUUUCAGGAGGAUGCCCUGGGUGACUACGCUGAGGCGCGUCGGCCCGCCAUUCAAGAGGUGGCCAGGGGUUUCGGCCACGCCGCGAGGCGGUGGCAGCUGCUCCUCCACGCCAACUCGAGGGGCCCUGGUGAUCCGAAGUUCGGUGGCGUUGAGUUUUGGAUGGGCGUUCAGCAGCGCGCCCUGGGCACUGCGCCACCAUUGUUAGCUCGCAUCGCGAAGGGGGCGAAUGGCCAGGCCGAGAUCGAGACGGCCAGGCAGAAUGAAAAGGAGGCGCGGGGGCCAAAGAAGGUGUUCGCCGAGAGUCGUUCUCCGGUCUUGGAUAUGCCGAUGGUGGCCGCGAGGGGGGUGCGCCCAUUGAGCCCGUGCCGCAGCGGCGUGAAGCUGCCGACGAGCUCCUGCAUGCCCGAGCAGGAUAAUGAGGGCCCCAUCGUGCCCUAUUUAGACGCGCGCCUGAAGUCAGAUGUGGGCCUGUGCACCACCUUUGCCAGGCUGAUCGUCGAGAAGGGCGUCGUGCGUUUGUGCCGCUAUUCGAAGGAGAGGGUGGCCAACCGAGGGCUGGUCGAGAGGGUGCCUGGGCUGAGGCCCUCAAGUCGGCUGCAGAGUUUUGGAGUGGGACAGCUUCUCCAAAACCCUCAUGAUACUGUACGCUACAUCUAUGUAGAUAACGUCGGGGUGCUCGGUGGUGGCAAAUUCCUUGUUCAGCAGGUCGCCGAUGAGGCCUCCAAGGUGCUGAAUGACGCGGGCCUCAGCACGCGCGACAACGAGAAGGCCGACCCGCAGAGUGCCAACCGUGGAGUGAUGCUUGACGGCCCGCGCCGCUAA